AUGUUUUGACAGUUGUUGAAACGUCAACGUCGCCUUUAAAACAACAAAAUACGAAACUUUUUGUGUAUAAUUUUCAAUGGAAUCCUAUUAAAAGGAUUCGAUUGGAUAGGAAGAGGUGAAAUUUCCCAUUGGAGCGAACAAUCUGUGUAUCUAUAUUUAUAAAUAAAAUGUCGCACAAAGUCGCGUUAAGGUGCCAAGCAGCGAAUUGCGACAGUGAUAUCAGAAGUCUGGUGAAAUUUUUCGACUUCCCAAAAGAUUCGGAGCGAAGGAAACAAUGGAUCCGAGCUUGUCAAAGAGGUUCUGCCUGGGUUCCAACUUCUAGAAGUCAGAAAUUGUGUGAGAUGCACUUUGACGAUGAUCAAUUCGAAAAUCGUAGAGUUGAUGGUCUGCGAAAACUGAAGUGGAAUGCAGUUCCAGCGGUAAAACUCCCUCUGUUUGAGGAAGAGGAAACAAUCAUCAAACUUGAAGCACCAACAUACGGCAUCCAAACUGAAUCGCUAUACCAGGGCUACGAGGAAAGGCUUAUGAUGGAACCCGACGAACUAAUCAACGAACCAAAGUCUACUUGCCAAAUAUGCGACCAAAUCAUCGACAAUUAUCCCAAUAAUUUAUGCAAGGUGUGCGAGAAAAAGUUCGAAAUCGAUCAGGAGCUGAACAUUCAGAAGAAAAAGAAACGGUUCAUCGCCAACUAUUACAAUUAUCAGUGCGAGGAGUGUUUGAAGACAUUUUUCAAUGUGAAUACAUACCAGCGUCAUAUCAAAUGCCACGAUGAGAAGAAACCGUACCGAUGCGACAAGUGUCAGAAGCGAUUCUAUCAUUCGAAAAAUCUGGCCGAGCACAUGGAAAUUCAUGAAAACAAACUGCACGUCUCAUUAGACCCGACGGUAUUGCAAGCGGCUAUGUUCAGCGAAAAAUUAACGACUGAAACCUGCGUAGAAGUUAAAACUGAGGAGCUGAAUUCCAAAUAUCCCGAUACGAAGCCAAUAACUCUGGGAUCGUUCAUUACAGCGAAAAACGACACAAAGAAUUUCCUUGACACCUUGACAAUGGUUCAAAUCGAAAAUUUCGAAUUGUUUGACCAGGAGAGAGACAGUGAGACUGUGGACUUGGGUGAUACGAUUUUUUACGAGGGCAGUGUUUCGCCGGUAUUGAGUUCUGUCACCGGCAACACAGAAGAGUCGGAAGCGUACGGUAGUGUUAUUAAAAUCGAAACUGAAACACUUCAAUCAUCCGUUGACUAUGAAGCAUUUAGUGUGAACACUGAUCAAACAACCGAUGGUGAAGUAAAAGCGGAGAUCUCCAAAGACCGGAACGACUAUGUUGCGUUUAGUCUAAACGCUGAACCAGAAACCGAUUGUGAAAUAAAGAUGGAGUUGUCCGAAUCAUUGACCACACAUCAAGGCGGUAACCUUGAGCCAUUGAGUGGACAAACAAUCGAAUACGAAGCAAAAGUGGUGACAUUGGCCACAAAUCAAGACCGGAACGAGUGCUACAUAUGCAAGCACUGCAAUAAAGACUUUAUGUAUUUCGGCAACUACGCAAAACACCUGGACCAGCAUUCAAUCGGUAAAUUGAUGUGCAAAUUUUGUCAUCAAAUGUUUAGCAGCACGUACCAGAUCCGGAAACAUAUUCGCGAUUUUCAUUCGAAUCAGGAGAUGUUCGAGUGUACCGUUUGCUUUCAAACAUUACCGAAACACUAUUUUGCGUCACACAUGCGAACUCAUCGUACCGACGACAAGACACUGAUUUGCAAGUAUUGCGGCUGUCGAUUUUCCGAGCCGAGCGAAUUGUUUUAUCACUUCAAGAACAAGCAUUCGGAUUCGGCUGAAUCAAAGGUGACGGGCAAGGGAUGCGAAGAGGCACAACCGAUUCAGGCGUGUGACGAUUUACUGGAAAUCGAAAAAUAUAAGUGCAAAUAUUGCGGUCUGUUGUUUGACGAUGUCAUUAAAAUGUACCAUCACGUUAAGGUACAUGUGAAGCAGACCAGAACGACUAAGAAAACGUUGAGCACAAGUAGUGGUAGGAAUCCGCGGACUUAGAGAGCUAUAAAUGUUUUUUUUUUCUUUUUGAUAAAUAAAUGAAUAGAUGA